AUGUUGUUGCCAUGCCGUUUAGUAGUUAUGCGACAUGGUGAACGAAUUGAUGAUCUCUUUCCGGAAUGGAUUCGUAAAUCUACAUCAUCUGGGUCAUAUCGAGCUUUCGAUUUGAAUAUGCCUCUUGCUCUUCCGGAAUUGAAACGACCGUUCAGAGAUUACGAAGAUGAUACGGUAAUUUCGGAAAUGGGUUAUGUUCUUGGAGAAAUGGUUGGAAGAGGACUUCUUGUUAAUAAAUCUAUACCAGAUAUUGUUUAUUCAUCACCAGCAUUACGUUGUGUACAAACAGCGCAUUCAGUAUUAAAAGGAAUGGCCAAAGAGGAUGAAAUUAAAAUUCGUAUUGAACCGACACUUUUCGAAUUUACUGAUCUUCACCCGAAUGGACAACCGAAAUUUGCAACACCUCAAGAGCUUUACAAAGCUAAAUUUAAUAUUGACACUGAUUACGUACCAUUCACAAAGAUGGAAAAUAUUUGGGAAAUGAAUGAGACAAUUGAAAUGUAUAGUGAACGUGUACAAAAUUUACUACAAAAAUUAGCCACAACAUAUGAAUGGAGUCAACGAGAUGAUGGUAGUUUAAUUUUGGUUGUUGGACAUGCAUCAACGGUAGAUUUGGCAAUCGGUGCAUUUCGGGAACCACCUCGAACAGUUCUUGCUCGAGAACUCAUCAGUCAUGGGACAAAAUUCCCUUACUGUUGCACAGCAAUUAUUGACCGGAUGGAUAAUGGCCAAUGGUUGUACAAUGAAGGUGCUCUACCACCCAUUACUUACAUGAAUUUUAGCUCGAAAAUUAAUCGAGAUUUCGCUAUGCGUGAAAGAAUCGCAGCAUGA